UCAACAUGUUCAGGUCUACAACGUCUAUUUUCUUCUUCUGCAGGGUCCUGACCCUCGCAGUGUGCUGUGAUUGGCUGACCCAUUACAGCCACCUGAGGAACAGCUCCAUGGUUCUGAUCGAGGUCAUGGGAGGUCCACUUACAAACCAGACGAGUCCGGUUGAAUUCCCUUACAAUCUGUACAAGCGGAUGAUGAACAGACAGGUUAAAUCACAGCUGCUCUUCAUCAGAGACAGCAUGACGCAGAUUUAUGAUCUGUAUCGUUACAACGACAUGUCACCGGCUGCCUGGGACUCUGUAAAAACCACAGACUUCCUGGAGAGCAUACACAGACAGAUCAGAGAGCUUGAUGAAUGCGUGAAGCCAACACGUAAGAGCCCAAAUAAGCUGCAGCUAAGGCAUUACUACAACAACUUAAAGAACCAGACCCUGCUGGGCGGCAGCAAAGAUGGCUGGGAGAUCGUCAGGAAGGAGACCAAAAAGCACCUGACCAGACUGGAUCGGCUGGGGAACCUGGUCCUGGCCGCCAGCAGGGGGCGGUCUACAGCGAGUCACAAACACUGA